AUUCAGUCGUUGCCCGGAAGUAGCGUCGGUGGAAUUCUUCCUCGGAUCGUUAUCGCAGCAGAGUUCAGCGCAAAUGUGGAGGAACCAGUGAGAGACUGAGCGCUGUUGCGGUUCGCGGUGUGUUGUCUCGUAUUUAUGUACAUUCAGUGGGACUCUAUCCUGUCAAUUUUGAUAUUUAAAGCCCUCUGUUAUAGUCGUGUUUAAUAAGCGGUCGUGAAAGUUGGUAAAUAACGGACAAGUAACAGUUAGAUGUUGACAGUUGCGGACUUCACAUCCAGACAUGGUGUUUUGACAGAAGUGAUGCUUCAUCGCCAGCAUGCAGACUUUGAUAUUUUAUUUAGUGCUGUUAUCUCCACUUUCUAUCCAUUGUGCGGUGAAACCAGCAUCUGUUGAAGAGGACCUGAGAAAUCAGGAAGAGGUACAAGAGUUUGAUGCGCUCAACUCCAUACUGUCAGACUUUGAUGUUGUGCCUGCAUCAGAUCUCCAGCUUCAUUCGGUCGGGAAGAGGGACGUUGAUGCCCGAUCACAUGUGGAGCGGCUGGUCAGCUUCACAGCACUCCAGAGGCACUUCAAGCUGUACUUGACAACCAACACAGAACUUUUCUCUGACAACUUCAAGGCUGUAUUCUUAGACAAGAAUGGAAAAGAGCACCAAUAUGACAUCCAGUUACAGAAUUACUAUAAAGGACACAUAGUGGGAGAGGAGCACUCGCGUGUGCAGGCACACAUUGAUGGGGAAGAGUUUUCAGCCCACAUUCUUACAGAAGAGGCUGAAUAUAAUGUAGAGCCCUUGUGGCGGUUUACAGAGUCACCCCCUGAUGGCCGUUUGCUGGUGUACCGUUCAGAGGACAUUAAAAACAUCAGUCGACUGUCCUCACCCAAAGUGUGUGGAUAUGUGAACGCUGAUGCCCAGGAGCUUCUGCCGGUGAGAGCAGUGGGACAGACAGAACAGGAGGAGGAGCCUCACAACAGAGAGAGAAGAUCUGCACAUGACCACAAGAAGAACACCUGCCCGCUGCUUUUAGUGGCAGAUCAUCGCUUCUACAAGCACAUGGGCCGUGGAGAGGAGAGCACCACCCUCAACUACUUGAUUGAGCUGAUCGACAGAGUGGAUGAUAUAUACAGAAACACAUCCUGGGAUGAUGAUUUUAAAGGCUACGGUGUGCAGAUUCAGCAGAUAAUCAUAAACAAGGAGCCCACAAAAGUUGCCCCCGGAAAGAUUCACUACAACAUGGACGGCAGCCCAUUAGGAAGAAAGGACGGUGUGUGGGAUGUGAAGAAGCUCUUAGAACAAUUCAGUCACGACAUCGCAGACAAUGCCUCUGCUGUUUGCCUUGCCCAUCUCUUCACCUAUCAGGACUUUGAUGAUGGCACUCUGGGUCUGGCAUACGUGGCCCCCUCCAAACAGGGAUUGGGAGGACUCUGCCCUAAGCCCUACUAUCCAUCACAAACCGUCAGGAAACCCAGCUACCUAAACACAGGCUUGACAAGCACCAUGAAUUAUGGGAAAACUAUUCUGACUAAGGAAGCAGAUCUUGUAACAACUCAUGAACUCGGGCACAACUUUGGAGCAGAACACGAUCCAGACAUUAUAGUUGACUGUGCGCCCAGCGAUGACCAGGGUGGCAAAUAUGUUAUGUACCCUAUUGCAGUCAGCGGAGAUCACGUGAAUAACAAGCGCUUCUCCAGCUGUAGCAAGGUCUCAGUCAGUAAGACCUUAAAGGUUAAGGCCCAUCAGUGCUUUAAGGAGAGGAACAGUAAGCUGUGUGGGAACUCCCGUGUGGAGGGGGACGAAGACUGUGACCCUGGACUCCUUCAUCUGAAUGAUGACCCCUGCUGCACAGCUAAGUGCAAAUUCAGGAAGCGUGCACAAUGCAGUGACAGGAACAGCCCCUGCUGCAAGGACUGUAGGUUUGAAAGUGUAAAUAAGACCUGUCAGGAGACCAUCACCGCCACCUGCAAGGGCACGUCAAAGUGCACAGGCAACAGCAGUGAGUGCCCCACCCCUGGAAACCUGCUUGAUAAUACAGAGUGUGUGGAUAAGGGCCGAUGUCAGGAGGGCGAGUGCAAGCCUUUCUGCGAGGCUGUGCAUAAUCUUGAGUCCUGUGCCUGCAAUGAGACUGAGGACUCUUGUAAAGUGUGCUGUAGAAGCAGUAGUGGGCUGUGCACUCCCUUCGUCAGUGAUGGGUCAUAUCUUUACCUGCGCAAGGGCAAACCCUGUACUGUUGGCUUCUGUGACGGGGCCGGUAUAUGCAUGAAGCACGUCCAAGAUGUCAUCGAACGUUUAUGGGACUUCAUAGACAAACUGGACAUCAACACAUUUGGGAAGUUCUUGGCUGACAACAUAGUUGGAUCAGUGGUGGUCUUCUCUCUCCUGUUCUGGAUUCCCCUAAGCAUACUGGUGCACUGUGUGGACAAGAAACUGGAUCAGCAAUAUGAGGAAAGCUCCAAAACCAUGAUGUACCCCAGUCAGAUGUUGGUGGAGCUGUGUAGUAGAGCUCUUAACUCAGAACGCAGAGAUGCUGAGCAGUCUGGAAUCGGCGCCGAUCCGCAUUGUGAAAGCCCAUCAUGUGCAUUCAGCGGCAGCUCGACCUCAGCCCUUACUGGGCCCCACAGGCCCCGCCAUCUCACCGACACAGGAGACGCUCGCUGGCCCAGGCCCUGCCAACCUCUCCGCCGCACUCAAAGCGGAUCCGCUGCGGAUGGCCACAAUCGAGGAGGACCCCAGCGGAGACUCUCACCUGGACGAGGUGGAAGGCUUCCGCCAAAGUGGCACAGGUGCCAGGUCCUUCGAGGACCUCACCGGACAGUCAACGGCAUACCACGGGGACAAGAAACGGCUGACGAGACAGGCGCGCAUUGACAGUAAGGAGACGGUGUGCUGAGGACACUGGCAUAAGAUCACUUGAUUGAGACAUGAGCAACGGUGCAAUCAGGCUUCAUUUUAUUGCUGAAUUUAAAGGUCUAUGUGAUGUGUAAACUGCUGAAACAUUUCAGUUGGUUCUUAGAAAUUUUUAGCAUUCCUGUAAUCCACAAUUAUAGUUGUUAAAAAUAGAGCGUUCCUUUAAAAGCAUGUCAGAAACUGCCAAGAGAAAUGGCUGUGCAUUUGGUAAAUUCAGAAAUUAAAGGAAUAAAUUCAAUACAGCUUUGAAUAGCAUCUUUGGCUGUGAAAUUUCACAAGCCAGCAAUCAUUCAUUGUACAUUUGUACAUUUGUUCUAUACAUGUCUGAGGUAACUGUUUGGCCAAUUGUAGUUUUUAUAAACCGAAGUAUAAAUCAAAAUCAUUUUUUGUGGUAACUGACAAUCACAGGUGCUGUCCAUAGUGCUUAAAGGGACAGUUCACCUAAAUAUGAAAAUUAUGCUAUUGUUUAUUCACCCUCAUGUCCUUCCAAACACAAAAAUCACAAAAGAGAUCAGAGAUUUCUGUCCUUCAUUUAAAAUCCAUUCUUCCAAAACUUUCACACUUCAAAAUAUUCAUAAAGGCACUGUAAAUCUAUAUGAAUCAAGCCGUUUAAUCCAGGUCUUCUGAAGAGACACCAUCACUUUAUACGGUAUUUGCUUUCCAAUCACCUUAAGUUUUGAUCUUUGCAUACUUUGUGUGCUGAUCAAUGUUCAGAUGUGAAUAAAAUCUAGAAUUAAAUCUGUGUAUAUAAAGUGAAGAUUACAAUGUCUUUGUGGUCUUUUUGAAGUAUGGAAGUUUUCAGAUAAUGGACUUUUGAUUGGAAGGAAUGCAGGUUUUGUAGAUGAUUUAAAAAAUGUUUGGUAUUUGGAAUGACGUGACUGUGAGUAAAUGAUGACGAUUUCCGUUUUUGGUAAACGAUUCCUUUAACUUGUAUUUAACCUGGAAUAUUCCUUUAAUACAGUCAGUUCGUGCCUUGUAACGUACAUCCAGUUGUGCAAAUUCUUGUAUACUCAUUCAUUUAUACCUCAUGAGCAGCAGGACUACAGCACGGCUCUAUACGUGUUGUCACACUUUUAAUGUUACACUGGUUGACUUGCUGAGAAGAUUCAAGCUAUGCAUGUCCUAUCCCAUAUGUUUAUGAAUUAAAUGUCAUACUGUAUGUGUAUGGAGACUGUAAGAGGGGAUGCAAUUUGUACUGCUAUAUUCUCUACACCAUCUCAUGUCAUUUUAAUAUACCAGUAUGAAUAUGUGAAACACUGAUUACACAGCCGAGGGAUGUGCAUAUUUUCAUAGAUUUUCUCAUUUUGCCACUAAAACGGUUGUAUAGACGUGACCAAAAUCAAUCGAUAUUUUGGAAGGACUAGUGACUAGUAUUCCCCCACUGUGAAAUAUCUGACUAUAACUGUCAAUUUUUAAGAUAUUGUAAAGUUUUAAUGUGCCGUAAGUCAAAUGACUAAGUAUAUAUUUUGUAUCGUUUCUUAUAUUCUUGAAUAUCAAAUCAGAAGUAAUUAAAACAUCUAAAAGCUGUAUCUGAUGUCAUUCUGCUAUCAUUCAAUGUGUUUUUGAUGCUCGGUUAGGUCACAUUUAUUUAAUGUAUUAUUGGGGUUUGAAGCCACAUGAAUAAACUGGCUCUACACUGAA